CUAAAUUCUCGUAUUAGCUGCUUAGUUUGGUACUACAAUUUGUAUUUUAAGCAACUCAUCAAAAGCAAAUGCAGCUUUGAGGUUUAAGCUUCGUAAUGCCACACAUUAGACUGUAAGGCAUACCUUAGAUUAAGCGUUAAAGUUUUGGAGUUCUAAAUAUAGCUUACUUUGUAAAGCAAACUUUUAUUCAAACUCAAAGCAGCAGCCAAACCUGAUAAUCAACCAACAUGCAACUUUGGCUAUUACAACAAUUUAUCAGGCUGACAUUUGGCUUACUUUUUCAAGACGAUCGAAGUCAGGUAGUAUCAUAAUAAAAGAGCUAUGUUCAAGGUGCAUUUACAUGCUUUCUUUCAUUUCCGAAAUUCAUUCAGCAAUUACGUUGUUACAGCCACAGCUAACGUACCAUGCCAAUAAUUAACUCUUUGAACUUUUCAUCAAUACCGGAAAAAACUGAAACAGAAGAGUUCAGUACAGAGAAUAAUACAUCUGGCUUUUCUUACGGUGACCGCUUUAUUAACGCAUCAUCUAGCUUCUCAACAUCAUAUCUCAACGAAGAUUACUCGCAGCAAACUUUGUUAUCAACGCCACAAAAUGACAUUCGAUUUCCAAUAACACACUCUGUUCUUGCCAAUAGCUCCUAUACAUAUAUUCCAACGAACGAAGCAAUUCACGCUAACAGCUCAAAGCAAAGAACUGAACAGGCAGCUCUAUCAGUAAACGGUAGCAAUAGUGGCAAAACAUUAAACAUAUUUUCAGAAAGAGCAGCAAAACUAGUUAGAUCCAUGAAAAGACGGAUGGCAUUUAAACAGCCUGUCGAUAGUGAUCCUCGUCUAAUAUCUCCUCUAAAUAAGCGCUUUAUAUUAGCUGCUUUAGCAUUGGGCGCAUCAUUGAAUGGAUUUUGCUCUACAGUCUAUGUAAAUAAGGAAGAUUUUAUCCGUACUAUUACAUAAUUUCGCAAUCAUAAUAUAAGGGCUAUGAGCCUACAUACUAACAAAUUAUUGCUGCUAUCUUUGUAUAGUUCCCGGGAAUCCCAGAAAUAAAA